AUGGCCCGGGGGGCGCUUGCUCUCAGGCCCGGCGUGGCGGAGUCGCCCUGCUGCUUCUUUCUCAGCAAUCAUCGGAUCUCUGUACUCGAUGGGUGGCGUCCCCGUUCCACUCUUCGCGCGGCUCCGCCGGCAGCCCCCCGAGCAGGAGAUCGUAGACUCGCUUUCCGACGGAGGGCCGCGCUUCUCCCCGCCGCCGUUGCUCUACCCCGCCACAUCUGCCGUAUGAGGAAAUCAGGUUCUUCUCUCUCUCUCUCUCUCUCUGUGCUCCCAAAUGGUUCCUCCCUACGCGACCUGAACUUUUCAGCAUCGAGUGCGCUCAUUGCCUGUUUGUUGGUAUACCCGAUAUGUUUGGUGGGAGGGGGGAGGACGGUCAAUUGCGAGAGUAAACGCUAGGGAGGACAGAGCUCCUGCAACCCACCUCUUUGUACCAUGGGCUAGUUUGGAUGGGUUUCCUUCAGAUGGUGAAAGUUUUAGCCGGAAAACCAAUGGAAUCAAGCUCCUGUUCUGAGAAAAAUAGACAUGGGUCUGGAAGAUGGGGGCAUGAGCGUCCACAUUCAUGCCCCUGAUGCCCUUUGCACUGUAAACUUCUUUUACAUUAGCCCUUUUUUUCCUAGAUUUGACAUCACAGUUGGAGCUGGAGAAGCCCAGUAGGAAACCCACCAGACAAGUGAACGGAAUCUUUUGGAUCCUGCUUCUGAACCUAGCUGUUUUUGUGGCUGAUCAUCUGCUUCAGGUAAUCGAACUUCUCAUCUUUCUUCUUCUUCCAAUUCUGCCCAAGGAUUUGAAGAUAGUUUGUACCUCGUUUUUAAUCAGUGAAUUUCCAAUCUUUUUGUGCGAUAUGAUUCUUCCUUUCGAUAUUACUUCCAAAGUUUCAGAGAUUCUGAUCAUCUGAGACAUGAAAUCUGUUGGGUUUUCGCUCAGCUUCAACAGGUGAAGGCGCUGUAUUUGUACCACAGGUGGCCAGCUUGGUACCAAUUUGUGACUGCAACGUUCUGCCAUGCUGAUUGGUGAGGCUUCUCCACCAUCCACAGACCCAGUGGCAAUGGCAUCUUUGUCUAGUUAUCAGAUCACAUCAAGAGUCAAUGUCAAUCUGCUUCACAUCCGGGCAAAGCUGACUUUUUUUUUUCUUCUCUUAUUUCUUAACAGGAACCAUCUUUCGAGCAACCUAUUUUUCUUAUAUAUUUUUGGUAAGAUUGCGGUGAGCCCCCACUCCAGAACUGUCUUCUAAGCGAUGUGAUGAGCUGCCGAGAUUUGUUUUCCUGUUCAAUCAGGUAAGCUGGUGGAGGAGGAAGAAGGGAACCUCGGCCUGUGGAUCUCUUACAUUGUGACUGGUGUUGGGGCGAAUCUGGUCUCAUGGUUGCUCCUCCCGAGGUCCGCAGUUUCCAUGGGAGCCUCUGGUGCUGUGUUUGGGCUCUUCACGAUCAGUGUUCUUGUCAAGGUGCGCAAGAUCUUUCUUCCAGGAAUUUCCAGAAGCUUUUCCAUGGCAGUGCUUCAUCACCAACAUAUACAUUUACCUUGCAGCUAUCUUGGGACUGGAGGAAGAUCCUCGAGGUGCUUAUUCUGGGGCAAUUUGUCAUAGAUAAGGCAAGUGUUUCAUAUACUUUAAUUAGAAAGUGCCAUUAUCGUGUAUAUAUAUAUGUGCCUGUUAUCAUCUCCUUAGAAGCUGAACCAGAGGCUUGGGCUGCGGCUGGUUGGUCUUCUUCUCUGAUAUCAGGUGAUGGAGGCGGCAAGAGCUUCGACAAGCUUGAAUGGCGGGUUGGGGAGGGAACUCUAUGGGGUCAACCACAUCGCUCACUUCUCCGGUGCCCUAAUUGGGGCUGCCCUGAUACUGCUCAUCACUAGGGUUCCAUCUCAAUCCCCAGACACAGAUCCGAAGGAUCUGGACGGGAAAUAUAAGAAGUGA